AUGUCUACACCACAAACCGACGCCGAAUGGGCGACGCUGAUCUCCGGCAUCCAACAAUCCCUCCCAACGACCUUCCCUUCAUAUGACAUUUCAUCUGAAAUCAAUCGUACCAUAGACCACACUCAGCUAGCCUUGACAGCAACGGAGCAACAGAUCGACGACCUCUGUCAGGAAGCCAUCCAGCACCAAUUCGCGACAGUCUGCGUGCGACUGAACCAUGUGUCUCGAGCAGUCCAGAACCUGAAAGAACAUCCAGCCGUCGGAGUAGCCUGUGUUGUUGGAUUUCACGAGGGAACUUACAAGACGGACGAAAAGACAGCGGAAGCGAAGGAGGCAGUAAAUCUGGGAGCGUCUGAGCUCGACAUGGUGCUCAACUACCCUCUUCUACAAGAGGGGAAGUUCAAGGAUGUCUAUGCGGACGUGCUGGAAGUGCGCAAAGCAGCCCCGACACCCGUUGGAUUGAAAGUCAUCUUGGAGACGUCUCAGUUGACUCGCGAGCAGAUCAUAGCGGGCUCGGUGCUGGCGUGUGUAGCUGGAGCGGAUUACAUCAAGACUAGUACUGGGUUCAAUGGGCCCGGAGCGAGCUUGGAGAACGUUGCUCUUAUGCGAGAGACGGCCAAUCUGGUUGGAAAGGGCACCAAGGUCAAGGCCAGUGGAGGAGUACGGUCAGCAGAGGACUGUCGCAAGAUGUUGCAAGCAGGAGCAGCGCGUAUUGGGAGCAGUUCGGGGGUGAAGAUUAUGCAGGAGGAGAAGACGGGAAUUGCUAGUGGUGGUAGUGGUAGUGGUUACUGA